GAACGUUGUGUGUUGUGUGUGCAGCCAGAGGAAGAGAUCUCUUGGCAUCUUUGCUCUGGAAGUCAGCGGGCCAUUAAGUUCCAAGUUGGCUGCCAAGUAAAUGCACUCACUCCGUUCAGUUUAGUUGAGUCGUCGGGAUCGCAGUUGUUGUCGGUGGUAUCGUUGGUGUUUUUUAGGAACUUCCAAUUUGAUAGAGAUCGUAUUCAUCAGCGAUAUUGUAUGGUCGUCAUCAGCGCUACUGAAUGUGAUUUAUUGAUGCUUUUGGUGUUGUGAUUGUUUCGGGAUGGUUCCUAUCUCUCGGGUCUACGCUCUGGAAUCUGGUGCCUAAGUUCCAAAUAUAGAAAUAUCUUUUCUCUGGUAGCUUCAACUAACUGUAAACAGUUUUUUAGUAGUCCCGGUUUUGCAUUGAUCGCGAUCGUGUCUUGAUUCCCUCCCGAGGGUGAGUGUGGGAUAGAUUCGCCGAGAGAGAGGUUUUUGAACGAGUUCGGUUUCAAUGAAUGAUUAGUGGCCCCUUUUUUCAUGAAGUACUGGCAAACUAAUAAUUUAUGUGCAUGGAAUUAAAAUUGAUGGGAAUUUAAUUGUGCGUUGUUGUGAUAUAUGAUCCACGGUGGCUGUGCUCUGUUUUAAAAUAAUGUCAAUAUAGUGGAGUGGUUUUUUUUUUCGCUAAGUAGAUGUACAAGUUAUUGCUUACCAUGAUUGAAAGGGAUAAUGCCACUGAGGCAAUUAACACCAUAUUCCGCUCCACACUGAAGGCUGUGAAACAAUUUAUCGAUCUUGUAAAAGAAAUCGGAUCAUGUUCUGCUCGAAAAACGGUAACACAAUCGACAGCGAUAAAAUUCUUAUAUGCUCGUAAAUUUGAUGUACCUCGAGCAGUAGCACUGUAUGAACAACAUGAACUCAUACGACAAAAAGAAGGUUUAUAUAAUUUCGAUCCGAGUACAGAACCGUUAAGAUCUGAAUUGGAAACUGGCAAAUUUACGAUACUGCCUGGACGAGAUGCUAGUGGUGCUGCAAUCGCACUAUUCACAGCCAAUCUUCAUUGCCCAAUGACGGUUACGCACAAAACCACACUACAAGGCAUCGUAUAUCAACUGGACGCCGCACUCCAAAAUGAAGAAACACAAAAAGCUGGAUUAGUUUUUAUCUACGACAUGAGUGGAUCGAAAUAUUCAAAUUUUGACUAUGACUUAUCGCAGAAGAUUUUAACAUUGCUAAAGGGUGGCUAUCCAGCACGGUUGAAGAAAGUUUUGAUUGUUACGGCUCCGCUGUGGUUUAAGGCACCAUUUAAAAUUCUACGAUUAUUCGUACGAGAGAAAUUACGUGAGCGUGUGUUUACCGUAUCGAUUCCAACGUUAAGCUUACAUAUACCACGAAAAUCACUUCCUAUUCACUUGGGUGGUACAUUAGAAAUAGAUCAUUCCACAUGGUUACUACAUUGCUACAAAUCGAUGACGAAUCGUGAGGACGAAAUAUUAGCCAAUAUUGGGCAACAACCCGCGGCUGUUUUACAGCAAUCAACAAACGAUUUUGUGUGCUCAAACGGCACAUCUAACGAUCAUCAAUUGAAUAAUCACGAAACGGCCGCUCCAUUAAGUGAGUUCUGGUCGGAAAAUCCACCGAGUAGUGCGUCGUCGGGUUUUAGUGAUGACGACAGUCUGGCUGGGGCCGAAGGUGAUCCAAAAACAAUCGAACAAAUCGUCCAAAUGGUGAAGGAACGUGGCCGUCAAGGUUUAAUUAAUGAAUAUGCAGAUAUCAGAAGUCGAGCACCGGAUGGUACAUUUGUUAAUGCUAAGCUGAGGAAUAAUUUAAUUAAAAACCGUUAUACAGAUGUUUUAUGUUACGAUCAUAGUCGCGUGAUAUUAUCAAAAGAAGAGGAGGAUCCAUCGUCUGAUUAUAUUAAUGCCAAUUUUGUAGACGGGUACAAACAAAAAAAUGCUUAUAUAUCAACACAAGGUCCAUUACCAAAGACAUCAUCCGAUUUUUGGCGUAUGAUAUGGGAACAACAUUGUCUAGUGAUAGUUAUGACAACUAGAGUAAUGGAGAGGGGUAGAGUGAAAUGUGGUCAAUAUUGGGAACCAGAAGAGGGUAGUUCGUGUGAAUUCGGUAAUUAUCACGUGCGUACAAUUAGUAUAGAAACCAAUGUGGAUUAUACUGUAGCGUCUUUAGAACUGAUAAAUAAGAAGACUGACGAAAAACGAAAUGUAUCACACUGGCAAUUCACAAGCUGGCCAGACUACGGUGUGCCAACGUCAGCAAUGGCAAUGCUGAAUUUCCUGCAAAAAGUUCGCGAGAAACAAGCGGAAAUGGUUAGAUCGCUGGGCGAUACGUGGGCUGGACAUCCAAAAGGACCACCAAUAGUUGUACAUUGUAGUGCGGGAAUAGGUCGAACAGGUACAUUCAUCACUCUCGACAUAUGCAUAUCUCGUUUGGAAGAUGUCGGUACGGCCGACAUUAAGGGUACCGUUGAGAAAAUUCGUGCGCAGCGUGCUUACUCGAUACAAAUGCCUGAUCAAUAUGUGUUUUGUCAUUUAGCAUUAAUUGAAUAUGCUGUGUCGCGGGGUAUGUUACAAUCAGUCGAUUUAACAGGAUUCGAUGAUCGAGAAGAUGAAUCUGAUUAGUUUUAAUUUUUUUUAUUUUAAUUGAUAGCAAUUAUCACUUUUCCUCCUUUAUACAUAGAAAAAAAAUACAAAUGAUUAAUUUGAAGAGAAAAAUAUGAAAACAAAUUUAAAUGAAACAGAAGACGAUGAGAAGAGAUAGAUGAUAUAUAUUGUAGAAUAUAUUUGAAGAAAACCAAUUAACAUAAAAUAAAUAGACACAAGCGAAAAACAUUUGAGAGAAAAACAAUAGAAAGGUGUUAUAUUGCAGUGACACGAAACGAUGUAGCAGCAAAAGGCAACGAUUGGUGAAGUGUGGAGUUCACUCGCCAAGUCCCAGAAGUUUUAAUUUUUCCAAAUUAUCAUCCACAUUCGGAAUGUUUGUCAAAAGAUCUUACAAAAUCGUUUCCAUUUGCUGAGAUAUGAUCCUCACCCCAAGAGACGCCAGGCCUAACUGAACCAACUCCCCUGAAACGGCGAAAAGAAGCACAUUGUUGCGGAUAUCUUUGUCAAAUUUGAAUUUGAUACUCUUCAUUUCUGCUCCAAAACUUACUGAUCCCAACUAAAGGAUGCCACCCAAUAGGUUCAAGUGGUCAAAUCUCGUGCAAAAUUAAGACAAUAUAUUGGAUUCAUGUUUCCAAGAAGCUUUCAUUUGGCUUCCUAAACUUCUAAAGUAUUUUGUGUAAGCGCAACGAUUCAUCCUAAAUAUUGACAAAUUUUUGGAGGAUUUUGGCAAAGUCGGGGUGUUAGCGCAUUUAACGUAACUGUAGAGCAAUAUCUAGAGACAUUAUGAAUCGAACCUCGCAUGAAGAGGAGAUAUCGUAAAGGGAUUUUGAAAAAAAAAAACGUAAAACAAUUAUCCAAAAUUUCCAUCGUAUUCCUUGCUUUUAGCGAACUCUAAUUAGAACUAAUCCCCGUUCAUGAUAAUAAUGAAAAUUAGAAAUGCAAAUUCUACGUGAAUAUUCGUUCGAAUUUAGGCAGAAUAGUCAUUGGGAAAAGCUAGAUGAAUAUAUUUUUAUAGCUUUUUAGAAUCAACAGCAAAAUAACGAAUUAUACAAUAAAAGGAGGUAAGGACGGAUUUUAAGCUGCGAAAAAAAUAAGAAUUUUAGCGAACGUUGGUUGAAAUUUCAAUUAUCCUCUCAAACUAAAUGAUCUUCAGCUACAAAUUUUUCUAAUACGUCGGUACCGAUCAAACAAAAUAAUAAAUAACUAAAAUGUUGUCACUAAGUUCCUAAAUAUGCGGCAGUAAUAAGAAAGCAUAAGAAGUUCUACGUGAAACACAGUGAUCUUCAUCAAUAAAGUAUUUACAUGUGACUAGACAGAGAAAUCAUGCUGUUUAAUAUAUUUUGGAAACCAAGAAGCAAUGCUGCCUUGUCGAGCACAUAAAUAAGCCUAUCUAAUCGAUCCAACAAAACCAAGCAUACGUUCCCGUCUACAAUUCUAUCUUAUAACUCUUCUCUGAACACUUUGGGAUAUGUUUAUCCACCUUUGACCAACAGUUGUUUCUUUUCUAAGUUUAUUUUCAUAGUUUUAUGAUGUUUUUCCAAGAGUAAGGAAAGGUACGACCCCAAUCCUAACAACAACCACAAAGUAGUAUUUUAUGUAAAAACCGUUUCCGUUUGUAAAUAUUAAAGUAAAAUGGAAGCAAACGAAUAUAUAGACAGAAAAAAUAGCAAAAAGAAAGAGAACGGAUUAAUAAGAUGAAAACCUAUGAGAAAGAUAAGAAAAAAAAAAUCAAUUAAAAAAAUUAUUCAAAGUAAAAUGAUUAAAUAGAAUUUUUACCUAUGAUAUGUAUUUUGGAUAGUUCUUAUAUAUACAAAUAAAGUAAAUCUAAAGUUGUAUUUAAAUCGAUGAGUAAAAUCAAGUUAGUGACUUACAAUUGUCAGCUAAGUAAUAUGAAACGAAACUCCGAAGAAAGUGUUUCUUAUUAAAUGCCAACAAGAUAACAAAAUAAGAUGUAAUAAUCCACAUCUCCCGCCCAGAAGAAAUUAUAAAUAAUACAACACUACAUUAAACACUUUCUAAUCGAAACAACAGCAAAAAACGUUGAGAUGUACCGGUUUAGCUUUUAUUCUUCGUCCUAAGUUCUCACAAUCCCUUUUUAUCUUCUUUAUUCCUUCGUUGUGUAUCCCAUCUUUAUAUUGUUCUAUUUCUAUUUUCCUAGACCACGUAGAUACACAUUGUUAAGUGUUUCUUAUCUUUUUUUUUUCCAUAUCCUCAUAGAAUCCUAGAUACACAUACUAUUAUACCUACGAUGUAUUUUUAUUAAUAUUGAUUAAUAACAAAAAAAUUUAUUUAUUAA